AUGAAGUGGUUCAAAGAAUGGGUGGUGGCAGAAACUUUAAAGAGGAGAGGUGAAAGUGGUGGUGCAAAUUUCGAGUGGUCGCUGCUUCGCGGUGGCAGUAUUAUCCGUCAGUUCUCCGACGACAAUACACUGGUGAUAAAGAAGGCUGAUCCGUCCAAUGAUUAUGGUGUGUAUCGGUGCGAAGUGGAAGACGACGAUGGAGAGCUGAUCGGACAAGCCUAUACCGCUGUCACUAUUGGAUUUACCGAUCAUUCCAAUGCACGAGUGGUGAAAUUUGAUGAGAAGUCAGAAGCCACAAUUGAGUGCCCGGUGUACGCAGUGCCCGGUGCGCACGUUACCUGGCAGAAAGAAGAUGGCGAACUGCCAGCUGAUGCGGAAACUGUUGGGAAUAAGUUGAUGUAA